CAAAACACCCAGCUUCAAGAUGCAGCGCGAGUCGAUCAAGGCUAAGGGAACGCUCAAGAAGGGCACGCGCGGCCGCGCAGCCCACGCCGACUCGGUGCGCAAGUCCAAGCAGUCGGCGCUGAACAAGCGUCGCCGCCUGCCCAGCCACGACAUGGACGACGUCAACGACCUCGAGUUUCAGUCGCUGCUCCUCGAGCUCGCGUCCGAGGACGAGGGCCGCGUCCUUUCGGCGCUGCAAGGCCUCAAGACAGCGCUAUCGGUUUUCAACGCCGAGCGGAUGGACAAGGUUGCCGAGUCGGGCGUGAUUCCCAUUCUGUUGCAGCUGCUCGAGCGGUCGGCGUCGACGACCGUCGAGCUCAUCCAAGUCCUAUGGUGCCUCACGCACAUCACGUCGGGCCUCUAUGAACACACCAAGUGCGUCUUGCCGGCAGUGCCCACGCUUCUCAACUUUCUCGCGAACGCCGAGCUGGCCGAGCAUGCAGCGUGGACGCUCGGCAACAUUGCGGCCGACUGCGAAGAGUUUCGGUUGCACUUGAUUCGCCACGGCGCGAUCGCACCUCUCGUGCAGCACCUGCGCCACGGUCCGCACGACCACGAGAUGGUGAAAGUGUGUCUUUGGGCGCUCUCCAACAUGGCGCGGGGCACGCAGACGCCCGCGAAGGCGUUCUUUGACCACGACAUUGGCCCGAUCCUCCUCGAGCUCCUCCAGUCGCGCGACAACAUGCAAGUGACGCAGGAGCUGCUGUGGGUGCUGAGCUUCGUCACUGCCAAAGAAGACAAGGCGCUGCAGUGGCUCCUCGAGCAUGGCCUCGCCUCGGGCGUCGUCGCGUACUUUGAGACGACGGACGAGCUCGUGCUCACGCCGCUUCUGCGCGUCUGUGGCAACAUUGUGUGCGUCGCCGCCGACCACCACGCCGACAGCUGGCAGCUUCCGCACACGCACGCACUGCUCGCCGAGCCCCGGUUCCUCUACUUUCUGCGGCGCGUGCUUCAAACGUCCACCGACUCGCACGUGGUGGCCGAGGCGGCGUAUGUGCUCGCCACCAUUGCUGGGCAGAGCGAAGCGAACGUGCGCCUUCUACUCCAGUACGAGCUUCUGUCGCCGCUCGUGCACGCCUUUCUCAGCGGCACUUACGACGUGCGCAAGGAGGCGAGCUUUGCGCUGGCAGCUAUUGGCCGCGCCUCAUUGGCCGACCUGGACCGUGUCCUUGCCUUCAACCACGUCCUCGAAGCUUACGUUGGUCUUUUGUCAGUGGCUGACGUGAGCGUGGUUGGGAAUGCCUUGACCUUUCUGCAGCACGUGCUGACCCAGUCCCCCGCAGCGUGUACGUGAUCGAAGAGGCCGGCGGUAUCGAUGGCCUCGAGAACAUCCAGGACCACGAUGACGGCGAGAACGGACGACUGGCCGCCCAUUUGAUGGACACGUUUUACGGCGACGAGUACGCUCCGCUCGAGGGGCCGUCGUCGCCGCCACCGGUGGCGUUUGCGCCGCCGACUGCUGGUGUGGGCCGCGGCGCACACAUGACCAAGCCGGCCUGGGCGACGUCGUAACUUCUGCGCACCACAUGUAUUGCAGCCUUGGAUUAAAUAAUGGGAAAUACA